AGCACGGUGACUGGAACAGCUCAAGUUAUUCUGUAGCUCAGUUCAAAAGAGAAAGCGAGCCCGGCGAGGCCAGCAGUGGAAAUACUCAGUUUCAAUCCUCUCCGACAACCUUUUCAUUACAACUAUCUUCAAAUUUUCUUGCGGUGUGCACACAGCGGUUGAUUAUGCACUGCCAAGCCGAGUUGAGGCUCUCUUCCCCCGGGCAGCUGAAAGCAGCCAGGCGGCGCUACAAGACUUUCAUGAUUGACGAAAUUCUUUCCAAGGAGACUUGCGAUUACUUCGAAAAACUUUCCCUUUAUUCUGUGUGCCCUUCUCUCAUCGUCCGGCCAAAACCUAUGCACUCAUGUUCUGGCCCUUCCUCACUGCGGGCGUAUCCCCUCCUGUCUGUCAUCACACGCCAGCCCCCCGGCCUGUCCCAGCCCUCUCCUCCCAGCCGGCUGCCCCCCUCCCUGCCCGUGCUCUCUCCCCAGCUUACCCGGGGGCCUGAUGUGGCCCCCAGCGAGACGCCCGUGAGCAUCAGCAGCGAGUCGGAGGCGGAGCAGGGGGCCCUGAGACCGAAGAAGCCUCGCCGCAGCCGAACCAUCUUCACCGAGCUGCAGCUCAUGGGGCUGGAGAAGAAGUUCCAGAAGCAGAAGUACCUCUCCACACCUGACAGGCUGGACCUAGCCCAGUCUCUGGGCCUCACGCAGCUGCAGGUUAAGACCUGGUACCAGAACAGACGCAUGAAGUGGAAGAAGAUGGUCCUUAAAGGGGGUCAGGAGGCUCCCACCAAGCCCAAGGGGCGGCCUAAGAAGAACUCCAUCCCCACCACCGAGGAGAUCGAGGCUGAGGAGCGACUGGCCCGGCUGGCUGAGGAGGAGAGGGCUCGGCGAAACGCUGAGGGCCAGCAGCACCAGCCCCAGGACCUCAGCCCACCGGCAGGGGACGCGGAACCCUGGGCCCCGGCCCAGACCCCUCCCACCGGCCCCGGGCCCCAGCAGCUGCUUGCGCUGCAGCCGGACGUGCGUCCCACCAGCUAAAGGCACCGUCAGCCCGAUUAAGAGGCAGACAAACAACCAGAGACUAGGGCAGACUGGACCAGCUCCAUGCUAAAGGCCUCAGGAACUCAUUCCCCUGCUGAGAGUCUGUUAUGUAGGAUCAGUCCGCUGUCAGAAUGUGUGGAGGAAGAGCGAGCAGCGGCCCACACGCUGUAGAACAAAUACUUUUGGUAAUAAUAUCAUUUUAACAAUGUUCCUUCUCCUUAUGUACAACCAAACAGUGUUUUUAGGCGCACGCAUACAUACACACACACACACACACACA